CCUCAUGUUAAUACAAACCUCCAUAAAUUUUGGUGGCUGAAUCUCAAGGCAGGGUUGUAGCCAGGGUUGUUCCCUGCCCUGGCACAUGACAAGAGAAAAAGGGGUUCAAGAAAAAACUCAAGGAAAACAAGAAGAAAAGAGAAAAACAUUUUUUUCUCAUAAUAAUGUGCAAAUACUGAUUGCAAAAUUUUGGUGAUUAAGGUGGUAAAAAUCUUUUUUUUUUCUUUUCGAAACAUCAAUCUCUGGAAAUCAAGAAAUGGCAGAUUUAGAACCACCUAUUGAUACUGAAAAAUUAAAUGAAAAGAUUCUGUGUUAUGCACAAACCAUUUACAGGUUAAAUGGUGUUUGGGAAGGACCUGAUCCUUUGACACCAAUUAUUCCUCUUUUCUUCGUUCAGAUUUCUUUAGCUAUCUUGAUCACCCGUCUUGUCAUGUUUGCCCUUAAAAUCACAAGGCAACCUCCUUUUGUUGCUGAAAUUAUUAGUGGCAUACUUUUGGGUCCUUCAGCACUUGGACAGAUAGUAAAGUAUAGGAGGCAGCUUUUCCCAAACUACAACUUCCAUGUGAUUGAGACAAUGGCUCAUGUAGCCCUUGUGUUCUAUGGGUUUCUGGUGGGAUUACAGAUGGAUAUAAAAUCAGUUCUUCGAAUCGGAAUAAAGGCUAGGAAUGUAGCUGUUAUAGGGAUCAUUAUCCCUUUUGUCAUGGGAACAAUAUUGUUUUUCUCACUCUAUCGCGACGAAGAUGCUAGAGGUUUUAUUUUCUAUGGUGGUGCUCUCACUGUUACAGGGUUCUCUGUCUUGGCUAAGAUACUUGACAAACAGAAGAUCCUCCAAACUGACAUUGGGAAAAUGGCCAUGUCUUCAGCUGUAAUCAAUGAUAUUGGUGCAUGGUUUAUUUUGGCACUAGGUUAUGUAGUCACAGGGAGUACAACUAACAUCCAUUGGGCUGUAAUUUGCACGAUUGCCUACGCCUUGUUCUGUGUCUUUUAUCUCCGUCGUGCCAUUGGCUGGAUCAUCCGAAAAAUGCCAGAAGUACAAGGAUAUAGUGAGUUCUUUGUAUGCUCAAUUCUUGCUGGGAUGGCGAUUUCGGGAGUUAUAACGGAUGCUUUGGGCACACACCCUAUAAUUGGUGCUUUUCUGUUUGGACUGAGUGUACCUAACCAAAUGCUUCAAGCAGCAAUCUUGGAUAAGCUUGAUGAUUUUGUGAUGGGCUUUCUUAUGCCAACUUUCUUUGUUGUUUGUGGACUCAGAACCAAUUUCAAAGCCAUGGGUAGUAUUUAUGAAAUUGUUGGCUACAUUAUUCUAUUUGUUUCAGCCAAAAUCUUGAGCACAUUUGCUGCUACUUUCUUCUCUGACAUGUCUAUUAAGGAGGCUUUGGCUGUUGGAAUACUUAGCAAUACCAAAAGUCUCAUGGCCUUGAUCAUUAUUGAAGCUGGUCAGGCACAACAGAUUUUGAACACUCAAUUAUACUCUCUUAUGGUAACUGGCAUUUUGGUGAUGACGGUGAUUGUCACACCUAUCACUAUGCUCUAUCAUCCCUCGCAAGAAUUGGCGCCCCAUAAACGAAGGACUAUACAGAAAGCAAAAGUGGAGGAGGAGCUUCGGGUGCUCGCAUGCAUCCAUGCCGCGCACGACAUCCCUUCGGUCAUCAACCUUCUUGGCUCGUCGAAUUCUACACCAGCAGCCCCAAUAACUGUCUUUGCUCUCCAAGUAGUAGAACUAGUCGGGCGUGCAUCAUCAAUGCUAGAAGUUCACACCUCAGGCAAACGAGGCUCGAGAAGUCUUGGCCACGAGGAGGCACAAACGAGACAGAUAAUCGCUGCUUUCGACAACUAUGAGCUACGAUCGGAUGGUGUGAUGGUUCAAGUACUUACAGCAAGGUGUGCUUUGUCCACUAUGGAUGAAGAUAUAUGCAACAUUGCCAAAGACAAGCGUGCAGCUUUCAUCAUACUCCCUUUCCACAAACAGCGAAGUCUCGCUGGUGAAAUGGAGGAUGUCAACCCUGAAAUUCGGGCUGUCAACGAGGGUGUGCUCGCUAAUGCCCCUUGUUCUGUGGGAAUCCUCAUCGAUCGUGGCCUUUCUGAGACAAGUGACUACGCAAAAAAUAUCGUUGUCCUUUACUUCGGAGGUCCUGAUGAUAGGGAAGCUCUGGGUUACGCGCUGAGAAUGGUUGAUCGUCCAGAUACACGCCUAACUGUGGUUAAGUUUAUACCAGGGGAAGAUGCUACAGAUAUAGAACCAAUGGAAUUUGCUGAAGAAAGUCAUGUAAACGUCCACAUUGACAAAGAGAGCGAAAAUUUGUUAGAUGAAGAGUUCUUGAACAGGUUCAAGAUCAGCACAGCCAAUGACAAAUCAGUAAAAUACAUAGAAUUGUUGCUGAAUGAUGUAGAAGAAGCUGUCAAGGCAAUAAAACUAAUGGACCAGCAUAGCUAUGAUCUCUACAUCGUAGGAAAAGGUCGAGGCAUAGUGUCACCACUAACGGCUGGUCUAGUCGAUUGGUGUGACUGCCCCGAGCUCGGGGCUAUUGGUGAUCUUUUAGUCACAUCCGAAUUCGAUUCCACAUUCUCUGUGCUGGUCAUGCAGCAGUAUGUUAAGCCAAUUGGAGAUGGUUCGGUAAAUUCUUAUGGAUCAAUGAGUGAGCGGAUAGGACUCGGGAUGGACAUGGAUAUGGACAUGCAGCGCGCAGAUAGUGAAGCUGGGGACGUGUUUUCCAGUUUUAGGAGGCGGCCAGAACAUAUGCCACGAGUCUAAAAUGCAAAGUCUUAGCUUAGGCUGAUGACAAAAUGGGGUGGAAUUAGCAUUGGUUGAGACUUCAGAUUCAAAAGUUCUUGCAAGAAUCAAUGAUUUAUUGGCUUUCAUCCGACAAAAAUAGAAUUGGGGUUGAAUGAUGAGGCUUGCUUUGUAAUUGUAGUAACAAUCUAACUUUGAAAUUUUAGAACUUAGAAUCUCUGACAUUUUAUGCCAAUGUAAAAUGUUUGAGGCAAAGUGAACCAUACUGAAAGACAGUAAUUGAUUCCAGGUAGGAGCUUUACUCCUUUAA